AUUUGGCACAAUCUAACGUUGCGCAUGGAUGCGCACAUCGUUUACUGGUGUAUAAAUCGUGAUAUAUGCUUAGCAGGUGUUGUACUAGAGGCACGAGUACAGAUGGCCGGCGACUCGCAACGCAGAAGUAUCGCUAAAAACAUUAUUAUGGAGGUUUGGGGAAUGAUAAGUUGAUGACAGAAUGUGUGAUCUGCCAACGCAUUCUACCGGUAUGGAAAUAACACUGAUCAUCGUGCAGCUGUUACAGAAGCUGUGAUUGAUCGGGGAGACAUAGUAGCACGCGGCACAGUGGUCGAAUCGAAGUGAGAUGAACACUAAAGCCCCAUGUUCUCCGAGUGCGGAUAUAGAUAAGGCCAUGGAGGGUCUUCAACAACUUUUGGAGACUAUAGGUGAUCCGGAUCACGGGUCCGUCACCUCAUUACCUACUUCGUCGCCGGAUCGCAGCGCUCACGUUGGUCAUUCAACCGACCCUCAACUUGAGAAGUCAGGACUGUCCAUGAGCCAUCCAGAUACCCCUGUGGCAUCUCUCAAGCAAAAACCACCAGAUGUCCCACAGCCUAAUCCCCUAUCACACACUGAAAAGGGAAAUACACAUGAGAGCUUAGUAUCAAAUUCGGCAGGAGAAACGAAUCGAAGCCCGCAAUCAGUGAACCAAAAGCCAGGGAAUUCGGUCACAUUCAGUUUACCAGAAUAUGGACAAAGAGUUAUCAAUAGGCCAGGUUAUCAUGGGGUUCCAAAUGAUAUUGUCGGUGAACCUGCCCACCUGCCGAACUCCUGUACAGGUGAGGUAGAUAUCAAGCGGAAUGUAACCGAACAUAACUGGCGCGAUUCCAUGGACGAACCAAGAUUGUUACUUUGUCCUGCACCAACAGACAAGGAUGCGACACACCUGUCUGUUUCAAGGGAUAAUGUGUUUGCCGGUAAACAGAAGCAUGGGCCUGGAAAAACCAGUGUUGGGAAUGGGACACCAACUGGAGUAGAGGUAGAUGUUCCAAUGUCUUGUCCUCAUCCAAGAACCUUGGAUCAGACAGACGGGGCAUAUGGUGACCACGACUCAACAUCCGAAAGCGGGUCGUAUGAUUUCACACCUGAUGAUGCCAUAAGAGCCUUAAAUCGGAAAGAAGAGCAAAUGAAGCUAGUUGACAAACUGUUUCCCAACUACCCAGAUGAGGUUCCGAAGUUCACUGCUCCAGAUGGUGGAUAUGCCUGGGUUGUUCUUGCCGCUUCGUUCCUUCUACAGGGCAUUACUAUCGCGUUGCCAUUAUCGUUCGGGGUGCUCUAUUUGGAGCUUCUUAGCUACUUUGAGGAUUCUAAUACGAAAACCGCGUGGAUUGGUUCCAUUGCCGCAGGAUUCGGACUUGGGGCAGGGCCUAUUUCAAGCAUUUUGUGUAACUACGUUGGGUACAGACUGACUUGCAUCAUCGGAGGCUUGGUGGCGGCUCUUGGUCUCUUCGUCAGUUCGUUUGCGCCAAAUGUUUAUAUGCUAUGUGGAAGCUUUGGUGUCCUCACAGGACUCGGAGUCAGUAUGUCUUACAUUCCCGCAGUGGUCAUCAUUGGGUACUAUUUCGACAAAAGAAGGACCAUGGCAAACGGCAUUGCCUGCGCAGGCGUGGCCGCCGGGGCGUUGGUCUACCCGCUCUUGAUAGAAAUGCUAAUUGUGUCCUACACAUGGAGAGGUGCAAUGAUUGUACUCAGUGGAGUCAUGUUGAACUGUUGUGUCCUCGGGUUGCUCCUUCGCCCGACACGUUACUGUAAGCUCUUUAGAAGAAGAGGAAAGACAAGUAUUUUGAAUGGUGCGUUGCUCUCCGAUUGGAGAUUCUGUUUAUUUUGUCUCUCUGAAAUUUUAUGGAACAUUGGAAGUUUAGUAUUUCUUACCAGUGCCGCAGAUCAUGCGAACUUAACGGGAAAAAGUGAUGACAAAUCGGUCCUUUUGCUUUCUAUAACCGGCAUCGGAGGCUUCGUUGGACGAAUUGUCAUGGCAUUCGCCACAAAUCCCAGGAACUGCAACCGACCUUUGUGUCUAGCUGUAGCAACCUUGAUUACCGUUAUUCCAAUGGCGUUGUUCACGGUGAGUGACUUGUACUCGGUCCUUGCUGUCCAUUGUCUCGUGUACGGUCUUGGAUUCGGAUUCCAACUUGGCCUUCUUGCCGUUGUGACUGCGGAGCUGUUCACCUUGGAGAAGCUUACCAGUGCUUAUGGAUAUGUAAUGUUUGCGGAUGGUAUUGGAGGUUUUAUUGGGCCGUUUGUAACAGGGGUGUUGUUCGACUAUUCCAAAAUGUAUUUCCCAGCUCUCCUGUUCGGAGCAUCGGUGUCCCUCCUAGCCGCUGUUAUAUUCUUCAUCCUUGUGGUGGAUCAGUUUCUACAACACAAAACAGGAGGCGAAAUGAGAGGAAGACCAGAUAUUGAAGAGGACAACUUUUUAUGAGCCAGAAGGUGACGUUUGGUGCUGACGGUGCUGUGAUUGGCUUCCUGAAGAUGACGUCAUGAUCUGUGAUGGUUCUCUUACAUUCUUGCAGGACCACGGAGCCGAGCGCACACUGUAUGCAAAAAACUGUGAUAUUCAACAUUAUGCAAGAGUGGGACUACAUUGAGCAGCUUUUGCUGUCAUGGACAGGCUUUUGAGUUUAUUUUUUGUUAAAUUUAUAUAGAGUGUGGUACAGUAUUGAGUACUGAUAAGAUAUUGAAAUCCAAUAAAUUACUUAUAUGAGAA